AGUUAUUCAGUGACAUAGUAACAAUAAUAAAACCCCUUGGGACUUGGGAGUAACGGUCAUCUAAUACUCCGCCCAAUAAAAAAUACAACUUUCCGGCCGGCAGAGUGUAUUGUACAGGAAUUAUAGUCGUCUACAGAAGGGUCUCUCUGCAUUGUCCGGAGGGAGAGAUUAGAGACGCCCCAACGAUGGCGACCAAAACUAUUAUCAUUCUCUCACUUUCACUCAUUAUCUUCUUCAACGUCUUCUUCUCUACAUCUCUCUUCAAACACUAUGACAACGAUGAUCUCAGUUUCAUCGAGGAGGUCGACGGCCACGACUCGUACCAGCCGCCCCCGCCGCCUUGGCCGAUCGACGACAACGACGUGGUUGUGUUGAGGGAAUCGAAUUUCAGCGACUUUGUGGAGAAGAAUCGGCACGUGAUGGUGCUAUUCUAUGCGCCGUGGUGCUAUUUCUGCAAGGCUCUGGCGCCGGAGUAUGCUGCGGCCGCCACGGAGCUGAAGGAAGAGGCGGUGCUGGCGAAGGUGGACGCGACGGAGGAGCUUGGGCUGGCGCACAAGUACAAGAUUCAGGGGUAUCCUACUAUGUUUUUAUUCAUUGGUGGUGUUCACAAGCCUUAUUAUGGUGACUAUUAUGGUCAUAGGAAAAAGGAUGCUAUUGCGACUUGGGUGCGGAAGAAGAUGUGCCCAACCAUAGAAAAUGUUACGACAAUAGAAGAAGCAGAACAUAUAUUGUCAAUAUUGACUGCUGGAUCAAAAAUAGUUUUGGGCUUCCUCGACACCUUGGAGGGUCCAGAAAGCAAGGAGCUUGCUUGUGCUUCAGGACUGGAAGAUGAUGUCAACUUCUAUCAGACUGCUAGUCCUGAUGUGGCUAAGCUUUUCCACAUCAGUCCUCAAUCAAAACGUCCAGCUCUGGUCUUGGUGACGAAGGUGGCUGAAAAAAUUAGCCACUUCAAUAGUCAAUUCACCAAAUCGGGAAUAGCUGAAUUUGUAUCUGAGAAUAAGAUUCCUCCGGUGACCAUCUUUACCAGGGAAAGUGCUCCACUAAUAGUUGAGAAUCCGAUUAAGAAACAGAAUGAGGGAGAUGUAAAAGUAGUGGUUGUCAAUGACUUCGAUGAAAUUGUUCUGGAUGAGUCAAAAGAUGUUCUUCUUGAGAUAUACGCUCCUUGGUGUGGGCAUUGUCAAUCGCUGGAGCCAAUAUACAACGAACUCGCCAAGCAUGUAAGUGGCAUUGAUUCACUUGUUAUAGCCAAGAUGGAUGGAACCACAAAUGAGCACCCAAGGGCCAAGGCUGAUGGCUUCCCUACGCUUCUUUUCUUCCCAGCUGGCAAUAAGAGCUUUGAUCCGAUCACUGUGGACACUGACCGUACAGUAGUGGCGUUCUACGAAUUCCUUAAGAACCAUGCCGUUGCAUUUACUACUAAACAUACACAGGAGAAUAAUAUGUUACAAGCAGCAUUGACUCAUUGAGUACUGUCUUUGCAGUUCUUGAUGAGGAAGCAAACUAACAAUACCCCCCAUUUGGUGGGAGCACAUUUGGUCAUUGAAUCCACCCUGCUACAAGUGAGAUUGUGAUAAUAAAUUCACAGCAAACCAUAUUCUACAAAAGAUUUUAUAAAUCGAAUUAUUUGUGUGGUAUCGUAUAAGUUUGUAGUUUAAUCUGACUCUUAGAGGAAAUGGUGCUGAUUCUUCAGCUUGGUAUCAAACCUGGAUUGUCUUGUAGAUAGUCUUGUUCAGUAAAUAGUUGUUUGAAAUAUGUUAAACAAGAGUGUUGAUUAAUCAAACUGCACAAUUUUAUGCAUUUUCAUAAUCAUCUCUCUUAUUUUGGCUACUAAUGAAUUUUUAUUUCUAUAUUAUGUUAUCAAACUGCACAAAGAUUGCUUGCUGGCUUCUUCAGUAAUGGCUUGAUAAUGACUCUGGAGCGAGAGGCAUAGUUUUGAGGAGGUGUUUGGAUGGAGUGAAAUGGAAGGGAAAGGUUGAAAAUGUAGAGAACGUUGGGCAGUCUUUGUUGUAAUUCAGGGGUAGGUCAUAGGUGCUUAGUAUAUAUUGCUUCAUAAUAUUUAGAAACCUUUCUUUUUAUUUAUUAUUAUUAUUAUUAUUUU